UAUCUGCCAGCCUGGGCAGAAGCAAACAGCCAGUGUUCCUGGAGACACACCACCCGGAGCUGGUACUAUGGAUGCCCUAGCCCCAUGUCUGCUGCUGCUGCUGCUGCUCCUGGCCCUCCCCCUGCAUCUUCUGGAUCUGCUGGGCUGCUGGCAGCCCCUGUGCAAAGCCUACUUCCCCUACCUAAUGGCCAGGUUGACAGCCUUGACCAACAAAAAGAUAGAAGGCAAGAAACGGGACUUAUUUAGCCAGAUAAAAGAUCUUAAGGUAACUUCCAGGAAAGUGGCCCUGUUGGAGCUUGGCUGCGGCACUGGUGCCAACUUCCAGUUCUACCCACCUGGCUGCAAAGUCACCUGCGUGGACCCAAACCCCAACUUUGAGAAGUUCCUGACAAAGAGCAUGGCUGAGAAUAGGCACCUCGAAUAUGAGAGCUUCGUUGUGGCUUAUGGAGAAGACAUGAGAGAACUGGCUGACAGCUCCAUGGAUGUGGUGGUCAGCACGCUGGUGCUGUGCUCUGUGCAGAGCCCAAAAAAGGUCCUGCAGGAGAUCAGAAGAGUCCUGAAGCCGGACCUGCUAAGACAUCCAUGCAGAGAAGCCACACAGGUCUGCAAGUCAGGACAAGAGGUGCUCUGGAGAAUGACCGCGGGGCAGCCUGACCUUCCAGCGGGAGGAGUGCUGUUCUUCUGGGAGCAUGUGGCUGAGCCUCGGGAAAGCCUGGCCUUCCUGUGGCAGCGACUUUUCGAGCCUACCUGGAAACGCUUCGGGGAUGGCUGCCACCUCACCAGAGAGACCUGGAAAGACAUUGAGAGGGCACAGUUCUCUGAUGUCCAAAUGGAAUGGCAGCCCCCUCUCUUCAGGUGCCUACCUGUCGGGCCCCACAUAAUGGGAAAAGCUGUGAAAUAACUCCCCCCAGGGAGGUCGCCUGCUCUCCCCUGCCUGCGGCCAGAAGCCAGCCCAGUACUGCCGGGGUUACACCAGUGUGGCUUUCUCCCUGCCUUCUCCAGAGGCAGAAAACUACUGCAAAGCUCUGGACUUAGUCCACCCACUUCUAGGGCCCCUGUUCUCCCUCUCCCUUGUCCCACUGGUUAAGUUCUCGCUGCUGUCCUGAGACUACACCCAUGUGCCCCUUGAAACCAAUCACAAGUCAACACACCAGGUCACCUCAGCCUCCUCCCCCACUACCCACUCUGUCCUGAGCUUCAGAAGACCAGAGAGAAGCAGAAACCCUCAACAUGGAAACACAGCACUCAAUAAAGCAACCAGAGUUUUUAUCAUCAAA